AUGCCAAAGUCAAAAAAGCCAGCGCGGAACGGGAAGCAGCCAGCAGCGCAGACCUCACAGGCAGGGUGGUUUACCAUCCGCCGAAUACUGGACGAGAGGCGCAUCGGAAACCGAAUCCAGUACCUUGUUGACUGGGACGACGACGCUGAAACCGGCCACACUCACGAGCCGACCUGGGUCUUGAGCACCGACGUGACGGCCCUCGCCAAGAGAGAGUGGAAGAAUAGCAAAGCAUCGAGCGACGCCAAACCACUCCCUGCGAGAUUGGAAACCCCUGCCAGCCACGGCGAUCAAUCCCCGCGCCCUGCCAACUUCCGCAAGCUAAAGCGAACGAGAUCAGAGAAUCGCGUCAGAUCAUCCUCUGCUGCUUCUGGCAUCGAGGCUGGGCCUGCCAGGCAGCGCUUGCGAUACAGCCCCAGUCCUUCUACAGAGCCCGUCCCUUCCAUUAUAUCGGGGCCUUCUCCAAGCCCUGCGUUUGAUUCACCUGAAAUAGAGGGCCCAACCCAUGCUCCUACCGAGCUUAUUGUUGGUAUUCCAAAGGAGCCAAACUUUGACCGCUCGGAGUUCUUUAGCGUCGCUGGGUCGCAAUCGCAAUCCACCAGCCACCCGUCGCAGUCGUUAACUGAGCUUGAAGAGCAGGAUCAGCGAAUUGCGUUUUCUAGUCAAAUCAGCCUUCGAACUGUCCCUGACUCUCAAGAAUACUCUGGUCAAUCACUAUCCACCGCCUCUCUGCACAAAACUAUCGAGAACGUUGUCUCGUCUUUGCCGGAAUCUGAUUGCGCUGUGAUCCCAGACUCGCUGGAACGAGAGACAAGUCGCAUCAUCGUACCAACCGAAGCAGGGAAUCUUCAAGAACGCAUUCCAGAGUCUAGCAUCCCGGCUGAACCCAACGCCAACGCCAACUUCGUCAUCCCUUCCGGACAACAGGAAGCAAGUGAUCAGUCGUUCUAUAACAUCCCAGGACUCAACAGUACCCAAGCCAGUCCGAACCAGUCGUCCAAAUCGCCGCGAAUCACAGUCGGCGAUUCGCUCCCAGCAAGCUUAGCUGAGGCGCCCGAGUUUCUUACCCAGGUUGAAAUACACGUGCCUUCAACUUUUCUUUCAAGCUCGCCUCGCCGAGAACAAUCAUACCCACCAAGUCAGGCCGCCGCAAGCGCGGCUCCGCAAGCCAGCCACCGAGCAUCGCAAGACGCUCAGGUGGUUCAUAAUUUUUUCGACACUGUGUUGGAAAGAGUCACCGACAGUAACGAGACCGACACUACCUGGGGCAAGAAAAAUAGCAGGCAUUCGCCCAAGAAGCCUUUAAACGGCCCAACCGGAAUUUUUGACUUUCAUCUCGAGCACCAGAUCAGCAUGGCAGAUGGCAUAGGCGACAACACGGGCACUCAGCGGUCGGCUGUCGACGAGCUGAAUGAACUGUUUACUAUCAACCCCGCGAGUCAGGUGCCGCUACAAGAUGAAUUCAUUCAACCUCUGGGCGGAGCGGAUAUCGUUUCUGAGCCAGCCAAGGUACAGGCAGAAGCGCAACAAAAUCCACCAUCGACUGCGGGUUCCCUUGACCCGAGCCAUUGGCACCCGCCCACGGUUGAGGCUGUCGAUGAAUCAGACCUCACUGGUACAACAAGCGGCAUCGCUUUCAAUACCCAACCGGACGCAAACACGCAAAUGCUCAUGCCUAUGCAUCUCCAUGAACAGCAGCCGGGUACCAUCUCACCAUCGGAUAUCUUGGCAUCUGCUGGACCAGUGCUAGGUCAUCCUGCAGACCCGAUGCUUGACACGCUCGGGGUGAUACCGGCUGCAGUUUUUGGGAGCUCUGCUGAACAUAUUACCGUGGGACAGCAGCCGCCAGGCUCGCCAUCGUCGUCUACCACCAGCGACGAUCCUGUGCUGAUGCACCAUAACAUCACAUUACCGUUCCAAGCGAGCUUGCGGCCACAAUAUGAUGACAUACUGCUUGCUCACAGGAGACAGGUCAAGGAAUUUUCCGAAGUCUUCAGUAAUGAAGAGUACGUUGAACCUAAUGCCAUUCUGGUCGGCAAGAUUGAUGGUCUGUUUAUUGCUCUCCGCAACCUAUGUGAUUACCCACAAGAUAUAAUCGGAUCAACACUGGAACAGUUGUCUCCCCGUGAGCAGGUCAAAUACGCCUGCGAUGCCAACCCUAAAUUUUGUUUCGUCUUUGAGCUUUUACAAGGCAUAGAGACAGACAUUCGCGUUCUCAUUGUUGCCCAAUCUGUCGAGCUUCUGCGUCUUUUGGCGCAUGUAGCGGCGACCCUGGAUAUAGAUUGUUCUGCGCGCGCUCUCGGGCCAUUGGGCAAGGACUCAUACGACUCUGCGUGUAACGUGACGCUGGCACUACCAAAUGAGGAGUUUGACAUUGAUGACUUUGAGGUUGUCAUUGGUUAUGAUCACUCGUUCGGGGGCUCACCAGUAGCCCGGGCGUUGUCGCCAGAAGGACAAGCAGUACGCCCUCCUAUGGUGCUUACCCUUGUCACCACGCAUUCUAUUGAGCAUAUCGAUCAGCAGCUCCCGGAAGAACUGGGUCCUCUGGAAAGAAAGAACGCUCUACUGGCAGGGAUUGUCAAUGCCAGGAAGCUUACAAGCGACCCAGACCACGGCUAUCCUGAACCCCACGAAAUUGCGAGCGGGUUUUGCGACUUCCUCAACGGCGCUGUCGAAGGAGUUUUGUGGGAGCCCAUUCCAUUGCCAGAAGAUGUGCUCGAUAUCUACAUGAGCUCACAGUCACAAUCGCAGCAACCUGCAGUAGCUGAAGCAGAGUGCACCCGUAAGCGCAAACUUGACGAUGACAAUGAAGAAGAGGCAAAGAGGGUUCGCACGAUUUCCAAGGAUACUACAAGCAGCAAAGAAGCAGUGCCGCUCCCUGACGAUGUGCGCUGGCUUCUCGACUCAUUAUCAGCGGUCGGCCAAACGUUGCCCGGAGCGGGUGUCUCUAUCCAGGUUCCAUUAUCAGUACUUCAAGCCGUCGCUGAAAAGAUGUCUGAGCUCGAGCGACGAGCUGCGGCGAGCGAAGUGCAAACUCAAUACACGGGCGUUAUCGAGAGCCUCGAGGCCCGCGUGAAGGAAUACGAGCGAACCUCCAGCAAAACCUAUCAGGCAUAUCGAGCAGCAGUCGAGGAGCGAACCAAGUUUGAGCGAGAGAAGAAGAAGACGGACGCGGCACUUCAAUCGACACAAGAAGCAGCCCAAAAAGAGAGUGCAAAGUUACAGGCAAAGAUUGGUGAGCUAGAAGCCACUGUUUCACGGCUAACGUCCAACGGGGCGGGAGCAGGAGAAAGCCCACUAGCAAUCUCUGAAAACAUGCUGAAGGAAGCUCAAGAGACGGUGAAGAAGCUCGAAAAGCGUCUUGAGAAUGCCACACAGGAUGGCGAGUAUGCCAAGAACGCAUAUCAAGACGCAUCCAACUCGGCAACGGUGUUGCAGUCGGAGAACAAGGAGCUCAAGGAGCAGAACGAAAAGCUUCUCAAGCGCAGUUCAGAGAACGUGACCAAGAUUCAUGAAAUCCAGAACGCGUCCAUGGGCAAGGCAUACCUGAAGCAGAUUGAAGAGCUCAAGACUCAGAUGCGCGAGCGCGAGAUGGAGCUGGAUCGCGCACGGGAGGAACUGCGGCAGGCAAGGACACGCCGAGAGACGCGGCAGGCCAGCGUCCCUCGAAGUCCUCGCAUGGGCUUGAUGAGCCCCCGCACCGGACGUUCGUACGCGAACCCCGCGAGUCGAGGCACGAGCCCGACGAGCACGGCGGAGGGAGCCAUGAUUGGGGCCCUCCCGACCGGAAACGGCAAUGGGCGAUGGAAUCAUCUCCGGGAGUAA